AUGGGCAUGGUCGAGACGGCAACUUCGGAGUAUCGCUUGGAAGCCAACACCUCCUACACGUACCUCCUGGUGACGCUCAACUUGACGCUGACUCUCAUUGUAAUGUUAGGCGCGUGUCUCUGCUGCAAAAAGAAAAUACCAAAAAAUGAUUUGCUUGGACUGGAGGGCAUGGUCAAGCUGAAGAAUCCGGAUGAAGUUAUUGUAGUUACCAGCCUGGUGGGCAACAGUGAGUCCCAGGCAGAGCUGAAUGCCUCGACUGUCUCAAAUGCUGACUCGGAGAAGCGAUCAAGUACGGCGGCGCAUCGUAGUUUGCCUGACAUUCCUGUGGCCGAGAGCAACGAUAAUGGCUCCGAAUUAUACGAGACUGUGGCGGAUAAACAGUUUGUGGAUGCACGCAAUGCUCGUAGUCAAAGUCCCCAGCCAAGCCUUAAGAAGCAGACAAGCGUUUCGCAGCACAGCUCGAUAAGCCAGGCGGAUGAUGUCAGUUCACCGUAUUCGCGUGUCAAGGGAUUACCGCAUGAUUAUGCCAAAGUUCGUGCCACUGAGCACCCCUAUGCCCAGCUAAAUGCACCGUCCACAUCCCACUCGGCCCAAGGAGCUGCUGCUGCUGCAGCGGCUGCGGUCGUAGUCGGCACAUCCAGUGAGAGUGCCGAUCACCUGCAUCGCAGCUCGCAGCAUAGCGACGGCUCGAGAGACCACAAUGACGCUGCGCCAGCGCAAGCGGAAAUUCCGGCAGCAUCGGCCAUUGCGGGCAUGAUAUCAGCAAGCCAAGAUCUGCCCUACAUGACGCCGCCCAUUGCCAACCAGCACUUUAGUGGUGACUCGCAGGACUCAUCAAAGGGCUACACAAGCAUUAGCGUGCGAGAGCCGCUGGCCAAUAUACUGGCACAGCAGCCGCCGGGCAAGUCCACGAACAGGAAUGCCUCGCUGGCACGCGAUGUGAAUGACUCUCAUUAUGCCACCGUAUCCGAUGAUUCAGAUGAGACGUAUGCCGCCAUUGAGGAUCCCAACAAUCGGCACCCAACGAAUGCCGCCGAAAUUUAUACCAGCGGCUCGGAAACAUACGCACAAAUCCAGCCCAUGCAGAACAAUCCUAUAGUGGUGGCCGUUGAAAUCAACAACAGCAGCAGCUUGCCAGCGACAAACUCUGCUCUCAGCGGGGUCAGUGGUGGCAUCAAUAGCGCAGCUCUGAGGGCAACUAACAGCAACAUCGGAUCAACUGAUCACGCCGGGCCCGUUCCACCGCCUGUGGAUAGUUUGCGAGCCCAGAUGCACUCACGGCAGGCAUCGUCCUCGUCGAAUAUUAGCACUUCUGUGUGUAAUCUGGGCUCGCCCAAGCCGGAGAAGCGGCAGGCAAACUCGCCGCUGCCACCAACGCCAAAGUCGAGUGUCCAUCUGCAUGCGAGCAGCAUUAGCAACCUCGCCUCUGGCCGUAACUCGGUCAUUUCGGUGAUUGAAGCUGGAGGCGAUGGCCACGACGUAGAGGCAUCUGGCGAGGCAUCUCCACAUCGUAAGCACAGCAAAAGUCUCAGUCCCUCAAAGGAAGGCGUCGCCGAAGGCAAUAAAAACAUCGAGGGCAUGUAUGCCAAGGUUAUGAAGAAACACAAGUUCUCACGAAACUCUCCAACGUCGCAAAAUAGCUCGCCCAUUCUCACGCGCAAGCAGCAGCAGGAUACGUUGGGAGUGAGCCCGUUGGACAGUGCGGCAGCUUUGCUUGUGGAUCCCCAGAAGGGGGGUCGCGUGCGCAGUAACAGCUACUCGGCAAAGGAUCACGGCUACGAGACGAUCCCAGCAGAUGGCCAGCUUAUGCACGAGAAUCGCAAAUCGGAUUGCUAUGCAGCCAAUAUGCUGCAGAAGGAGCGCCAGCACGAAGGAGCAAUUGCCCAGCCUGUGACGAAAGCGACAGCAAUUGGGAACAGCGCAAGCACAAAGCAUUAUGAGACUAUUAGCCAGCCACCGCCGCCGCCUCCGUCAAACAGCAACAACGAUCCAGGCUACGAGCAACUGCAGCUGCAUCCCGUACCCAGUGAAGAUGAUGCCAAGAAGUCCGACUAUGAUCCAAACUAUGAGGUGCUCAAGAGUCGUGCCCACUCGGACGAUGGAUAUGCCAAGGUGCUGGAGAAAAAACGGCCACCCACUGGCGGGGAUGCUGGAGGCUACAGCACUAUUCCAGGUGCCGAUGCCAAUCACAACUAUGCCAGCAUUCUGGAAACAAAAACUGCGGAAACGGACCACUAUGCGAGAAUAGCCGAGAAUGUAGCUGCCAGCACCCCGGGCAGCACAUCGAACAGCAGCCGCUUAACUUUAACAUCUCCCACUUCGACAUCCACUUCCCUGUCCCUCAACUCGUCGACGGUGGCAACCAGCACACCGAUAUCCUCCCAGUACGAGUCUCUAACAGGAACGGGCAGCGAAACGGAUCCCAACUAUGAGUCGGUGUGCUACCUAACCACGGGAGCCACAGCAACGACCACAACGACUACCAGCACGAGUAGUGGGGGCGGGAGCGGCUUCGUAGAGCCUGCCUAUGAGCCACUUCAAGCGGAUUUGGAUUUGGAGUCGGACACGCAGGCGAGCAGUCCAUUGAGCGGGGCCACAGCCACCUCAACCUCCACAUCCACGCCCAGCGAGCAGUUGCUAGUAGAUGACUACUUCCACGUAUAGCACAUAGUAGCCCAGUAGCCAGUGAGCUGGAUCUCCGUCUCCCCAUCAUCAUCAGAUGUUUUCUUUGCUUAGCAAUCUCUCACGCACAUAUCAUUCAUUUGAUGCACACUCAUAAAGAAACGCAUAAAUCGUAGAUACAUACAUACAGCGCUCGCUCAGCGACAGUCUUAGAUUAGGCUGCAGGUCCAUUGACCCAUGGUACGUGGACUUGCAGACCAAGUAGUAACCAAGUACUAAGUAUCUAUCCAAAAUGGCACACACAGCUUCAUAUCGGUUUGCUCUUUAGUACAUAUAUAGAAGAUAGCCCCCUAGCCCUAAGUUAACUUUGUGUACAAACUAUUUGUAUAUGUAUGUCCCCCGGCUCGGCAAAUAAUUGUGCUACUUCCAACAGUCGAGAGGGUAUAUCGCUGCUGCUCCCUAUACAUAUACUCCAAUAUCUACAAUAUGAUUAUUCUAUCUAAGUACCAGUGCGUCCUAGUUUAGGUAAAUUGAAUGCAAAUUGCAAGCAGAACAAAGAACAAAGAGCUGCGCGCCACUUGACGCGACGUUUGUUUAAAUUGAUAAGCACAAGCGUCGGGUUGGAUUGGGUUGGGUUGCUUGUUAUUUAAGGCAAUGAUAUUUAGACGGAUAUAGAGGGGAAGAGUACACCUACUACCUACUAACACAUAUAUAGUUUAUAUAUAUGUAGAUAUAUAUUUUUAUAUGUUUUGGCGUUUUUGCUGCUUUUUACUUUACUGAAACUUACACGAGAACGGACAGGAAAUAUGAGCCAAGUAUUUGUAUUUGUAUUGAUAAAUGUUAGAGAAAACAAAACACUUCCAAGUAUUCAAGCAACAAGAAACUACGAUAAAAUGUUCAAUAAAUUAUUGAUGACUCACAAAAUA